AUGGUCACCGCCUUUGCCUACUCUGGAAGAUUGGAUUUCGACCCUACUACCGAUUACCAUCCAAUUGAAGGGUCUGCAGAAGGGUUCCGAUUUACGGCGCCAAUAGAUGUUGAGCUACCUUCUCAGUUCGCCGUCGGCGAGGACUUUUACCAGGUUUCAGUUCAUGACGCCGACGAUGUGGUCGUAGACAUCGACCCACAAUCCGACCGCCUGAAACUGCUCGAGCCUUUUGAAUCGUGGUCUCCAGGCUGUACGAAAGGCAUGUCGAUUCUGGCCAAAGUCAAGGCCGGUCUUAUCCAUGAAGUCGCCCGAGACUUACGUGAUCGAGGAAUCAAGUGGUGCAUCGUCGGCGAUGAGAACUAUGGGGAAGGAUCGUCGCGCGAGCACGCAGCUCUUGAGCCGCGUUUCUUCGGCGGUGUGGCUAUCAUAGCACGCUCGUUUGCCAGGAUACAUGAGACGAAUCUCAAGAAGCAGGGCAUGCUUCCUUUGACAUUUGCAAACCCUCGAGACUACGAUCGUAUCCAGUUGGGCGAUCGUAUUACGCUACAAGGUGUCAAAGACGGCGAGCUACGGCCGGGAAGGCAGGCUAGCAUGCGCGUAGAAUGCGCGCAUGCAGGAGAGUGGGUCGCGCCGCUCAACCAUAGUUACAGCGAGGGGCAAUUGAGGUGGUUGAGAGCGGGAAGUGCGCUGAAUCAUAUCAAGCAGACAGUCUUGGGAAGAUGA